AUGAAAAGAUCAAUCCUCAAAUCUUCACGCAUCCUCGCUUCCACUCUUGGACGUCAUCACCAACAACAACAAGUUCGUUUCCUCCACUCUUCUCCUUUCCUUCUCAAGGAUAUUACCAUCAAGGUACCACCUAUGGGAGACUCUAUCAGCUCUGGAGAAAUUAACGAAUGGGUGAAAAAACCUGGUGAAGCCUGUGCCGAAGAUGAAAUCAUUUGCAAAAUUGAUACCGAUAAGGUCGUUGUGGAAAUUCGUGCUCCAGAAGCUGGUGUUUUAAAAUCCAUCAUGGCCAAUGCGAAGGAUACUGUUGAAGUUGGAAAGGAAAUUGCCAUCUUGGAUACCGAGGGCAAGCCAUCGGCAACAGCCGUAGCUACCCCAGCCAAGACUGAACCACAACAACAACAAGUGAAGAAGGAAGAACCAAAACAAACACAAGCUACUACUACCACUCCAUCAACUCCAUCAACUCCUUCCACUACACCAGCUCAACCACAACAAACAUCUGCAACAGCAUCAACUACACCUUUUGCAAGAACUGAAAGAAGAGUGAAAAUGACUCGUAUUCGUUCCAAGAUUGCUGAACGUUUGAAGGAGGCUCAAAACACCUAUGCCAUGUUGACUACAUUCAAUGAAAUUGACAUGAAGAAGAUUAUGGAACUCAGAAAGGCCAAUCAAGAUGAAUUCCAAGAACGUCAUGAUGGACUCAAGUUGGGUUUCAUGGGUGCAUUCUGUAAAGCUGCUUCUAUUGCUCUUCAAGAAGUUCCAGCAGUGAAUGCUAUCAUUGACAAUGGUGAAAUUGUUUAUCGUGAUUAUGUUGACAUUAGCGUGGCUGUUGCAACUCCAACUGGUUUGGUUGUGCCUGUAGUUCGUAAUGUUGAAAGCAAAUCCAUUGCUCAAGUCGAAAGAGACAUUGCAAACUUGGGUGAAAAGGCAAGAAAGAAUCAAAUUCAAAUUGAUGACAUGAAGGGAGGUACUUUCACAAUUUCUAACGGUGGAGUUUUUGGAAGUUUAAUGGGUACUCCAAUUAUCAAUCCUCCACAAUCCGCAAUUUUGGGCAUGCAUGCCACAAAGAAUAGACCAGUUGCCAUUGGUGACCAAGUGGUUGUGAGACCAAUGAUGUAUGUGGCAUUGACCUAUGAUCACAGAAUCAUUGACGGAAGAGAAGCUGUGACAUUCUUGAAGAGAGUGAAGGAGCUCAUUGAAGAUCCAGAAAAGAUGUUGCUCUAUUAA